UUCCAACCUGUCAACUUCACAUAGCAGAGCUCAGCUGGCAUUGCAUACAAUUACACGCAGAAAACCAUGGAUAUCCGUCACAAAGAACUUCACAAAUCUACAAAUGUUUGAGUCACAGAAAGAAACUAAUAACAGAGAAGAACCAACCUAAAGAAAACAUAAGAAGGAGUACAGAGAGACGGAUCCUUAAGACGUGAGGCAACGUUUUGGGCAACUUCAUUCUUAGACUCAGCUGCUCUGAGCUAAUAACACUGCAGAGGUCCAAUGCUGGUGAAGACAGCAGUCAUUUUCACCAGUUUCUAACAUUAAGAGUCAUUUUACAAGUCUGGACAAAAGGUUUUGGUAAAUUGAAAAGUUUGGCGUUGCAGCAUGGAUCAGGAGGAUGAUAAGAACUCUGUGGACAUUCAUGACAAUCCUCCGGCUCCUGAUAACUUUGUGAGGGAAGAUGGAGACACUGUCUAUUUCAUUUAUGAGGAGGAGGUAGAGGUCGAGGAGAAGGAACCAGAACCUCCUCCACCUGUUAUUCGGGUCAAUGAUAAACCCCACAAGUUUAAGGACCAUUACUGCAAGAAACCAAAGUUCUGUGAUGUCUGUGCUCGAAUGAUUGUUUUGAACAACAAAUUUUGUCUGAGGUGUAAGAACUGCAAGACCAACAUCCACCAUUCAUGUCAGCACUAUGUCGAGUUCCAGAGGUGUUUUGGCAAAAUUCCACCUGGCUUCAGAAGGGCCUACAGUUCGCCCCUUUAUAGCAGCGACCAACCGGAUUCAAACAACCCAAACCGGAAUGACCCAGUCUUUGACACCUUGAGGGUCGGUGUCAUUAUGGCGAACAAGGAGCGUAAAAAGAAUGAAAACGACAAGAAAAAUAUGGUGAUGAUGGAAGAAGAGGAAGAAGAAAACCAGCAACCCAAAGAAAACGAGGAGGGAGGAGAAGGAAAACCUGAAGAUAAUAAAAAAGAAAAAGGUGGAGACAAGACAGACGACAAGGCUAAAGGGGCCUUCACUGGCUCCCACUACUACACGGCUCUGUACCGCUUCAAAGCCAUUGAGAAAGAUGACCUUGACUUUCACCCUGGAGAUCGGAUCAUAGUGCUGGAUGAUUCCAAUGAAGAGUGGUGGAGAGGGAAGAUGGGGGAAAAGACUGGAUACUUCCCUGCCAAUUAUCUCAUAAAAGUGCGUGCAUCUGAGAGGGUUUUUAAGGUGACCCGUUCCUUCGUUGGUAACAGAGAAAUGGGACAAAUUACACUCAAGAAAGAUCAGAUCGUAGUGAAGAAAGGGGAUGAAAAAGGGGGCUACCUGAAGGUCAGCACAGGACGCAAACUGGGCUACUUCCCUGCAGAUCUACUUCAGGAGAUCACAGUGAUAUGAAAAAUUAUUAUUAAUAUGCAAGAAAAAAAGACUGUAAUACAAGAAAUCAACACAAACUAGUCAGUGUUUGACAAAACCAAGAGAUGUGCUGUUCUUAUACCUGCAACAUAAUACCUAAGGAACUAGGUUUGCUUUUUAUUGUGCUUGCUGUGAUCCAUUUCUGUCUUGGACGUGCUUGCUGAUAUUUUCAAACUCAGGUUUUAACAAUCGAU